GGCCCGCCCCGCCGUCGGUGCGCCGCGGCCGGGAAGGCGCCGCCCGCAGACGCUCGAAACUGCCGACCCGAGAGCUGCCCGCAGAGGGCCGGUGGCGGGAGCGGAGUCGGGCGGGCGGGGCCGAGCCGGGCCGGGGCCGUGUGGGGGCCGGGUGGACGGCCAGGCCGGGCGGACGGCGGGAUGGGGUGCACCGUGAGCGCCGAGGACAAGGCGGCGGCUGAGCGCUCCAAGAUGAUCGACAAGAAUCUGCGAGAGGAUGGCGAGAAGGCGGCGAGGGAGGUGAAGUUGCUGCUGCUAGGAUCAUCCAUGAGGAUGGCUACUCGGAGGAGGAGUGCCGGCAGUACCGGGCGGUUGUCUACAGCAACACCAUCCAGUCCAUCAUGGCCAUUGUCAAGGCCAUGGGCAACCUGCAGAUUGACUUUGCUGAUCCCUCCCGAGCGGACGACGCCAGGCAGCUGUUUGCUCUGUCCUGCGCAGCCGAGGAGCAUGGCACGCUCCCGGAGGACCUGUCCGGCAUCAUCCGGAGACUUUGGGCUGACCAUGGUGUGCAGGCCUGCUUCGGCCGCUCUCGGGAGUACCAGCUCAACGACUCGGCUGCUUACUACCUGAACGACCUGGAGCGCAUUGCACAAAGCGACUACAUCCCCACACAGCAGGACGUGUUGCGGACCCGAGUGAAGACCACAGGCAUCGUGGAAACGCACUUCACCUUCAAGGACCUACACUUCAAGAUGUUUGACGUGGGGGGUCAGCGCUCUGAGCGGAAAAAGUGGAUCCACUGCUUUGAGGGCGUCACUGCCAUCAUCUUCUGCGUGGCCUUGAGCGCCUAUGACCUGGUGCUGGCUGAAGAUGAGGAGAUGAACCGCAUGCAUGAAAGCAUGAAGCUGUUUGACAGCAUCUGCAACAACAAGUGGUUCACGGACACGUCCAUCAUCCUCUUCCUCAACAAGAAGGACCUGUUUGAGGAGAAGAUCACACACAGCCCCCUGACCAUCUGCUUCCCAGAGUACACAGGGGCCAACAAGUACGACGAGGCAGCCAGCUACAUCCAGAGCAAGUUUGAGGACCUGAACAAACGCAAGGACACCAAGGAGAUCUACACGCACUUCACGUGUGCCACCGACACCAAGAACGUGCAGUUUGUGUUUGAUGCCGUCACCGACGUCAUCAUCAAGAACAACCUGAAGGACUGCGGCCUCUUCUAAGGGGCAGUGAGGCCUGGCAGGAUGGGCCACUGCCGACUCUGCUCUCCAUAACCCCCCAAAGAAGAUGGGGGCAAGAGGACCAUGCUCCCCACCUGUGCCCCCCAGCCGCUUCUCCCUUCUUUACUCUCUGUUCUUGGCUCCCUUCACCCCCCUCCCUCAGCUCCAAAGACUUGGGGGAGGGGUGGCCACAGGCCACCUUGUUUGAUGCCCGCCUUUGUCUGAGGUACCAGGAAUGAUAUCCCCUUCCUGGACAUUUGUUCUGGUUUUUAACCAUUGUCUUAUUCUGUGAUGGGGGGCGGUGGAGUUGGAGCACACGCUUGAGUCUCCCAAGGCCUGUGGCUGGAAGGGCACCCACUUCUCCAGUCUGGGACCCCUGGCUUUGCCCAACACCAGCCCCCCAUCCCAGCCCAAGUCCAGAUGUUUACAGGGAGCCUCCUACCCCUCCCUCCCAACCCCAACUGCUUGGAGGCCCCAAAGGAAAAAGCACAAGAAUUGUGAGACGCCACCAUUCCUGGAGACCACAGUCCACCUGCUCAUUCUCGUAGCUUUUUAAAAAAAGAAAGGAAAGGAAAAAAAAACUUUUUAGAGAAAAACUAUUUAAAACUGUCAGGUCCUGACCAGCACCCCCACCCACUCCCUGACCCUCCAGUGAUUCCGUGCCUUGAGUGUGUCUGCGUGUUUACACCCAUCCCUCUGCUGGCUGUCCCCCUGUGAGGACAGCACCCCUGCCCUGCCCUCCACAGAAUUGGGUUCCAAGGGCUGUUCCAGACAACUGCCAACAUCACUGAGGGCCCCACCCAGCGGCCCUGGGCCCUGGCUCCAUUAACCUAAAUGUAGCUCCUUAGCGCUAACCUAGGAACCGCCGCUGCCUGCUGAGGGGCCAGGCCCCUUCUGCCCUCACCCUAGGCCCGGGCCCUUCAGCAUUGAACACUUCCUUGCUUUUUUCACGUUUUAUGGAAUUGUUCACCUGGUUUGAAAUAAUAAAAUGUAGAAAGAAAAAA